ACUUACCCAACUCACCCACUCUGCCACUUGAUGCAUUUCUCAUCGGCACAAGCAUUUGUCAAUUCACAGCAACACAUGCUUGCCAUUUGGACCAUGCAGACCGGCGGAAAGGCCCCGAUCCGCAUCGAUGUCCAAGUGGGGACGUCCUGUCCCAUGUCUGUCCCACACUUUGUGUAGACUGCAUAUGUCCACCCAUCGAGCCCGCAUGCUUCCGACCCAGUCUGGUUGUCUGGAACGGCCCUUUCAGCCUCUUUUCAACGUGGGGAUCCGGCCAUACCGAGGGACCGCCAUGCCCGCCCGUCUGCCUGGCCAGUCAGUCAGCCAGCCAGCCAGCCAGGCUCCAGAUCGCUCCUCGCAUUCUCAGUCACCUGGGCAGCUGGCGUCGUCCGCCCUCGGUGCGAGAGUGCUAGAUCCAUUUUCUUUCUAAAUCUUCUUUCCUUCUUUCUCACCCGCCUCCUUUCAUUUCCUCGGGGCUGGGCCUCAGGUCCUCAGGGUGGGGACAGUCAGACAGUGUGCAGACACUCCCGGCUUGCGCUACUACAUAGUACUAUCGUGUGGUCAAGCCUGCUUGCCUGCGACCUCUUCGGCCCCUUGCCCGAUCCCAUCAGGAACACAUGAGCCAAGCGGCCGGGACCCUCCCUAUUUGCUCCAUCUAUGCGCCCAGGGUUCCGCUGGCUGUUCCAUCCAGCAAACCCCGCCGAUGCUGACCUUGCUGAUUCCUGCACAUGACCAUCACUUUGCUCCUCCAGAGACAUACAUGCCGUUUCCCCCUCCCCCAAAACCCGGAUGGCCCAAUGCCACCCUUUCAUUUUCAUAAUGGCGCCGUCCCCAGCCGUGGGGGACCCUAUCAACCUGUGGGGGCUCCGUGGCCGCGGAAGAGAGAACAGAAACGACAGGAAGCCACUCCUUCGGCCCGGCUUAUGCAGCAUCCGCUCAACAUGACACCCAGGGGCCGUUCCGGAUCUCGUCUAUAAUGAGAACCUACUUCUGCGAACGUGUUGGUGCCGACUGCCGUCAGAGGGCGUGUGCAUGGCCCAUCUAACGAUCCUCUCUCACCUCCCAUCCUCGCCUGCUCAUGGGCUAUGACAUUGCGGACCCCCUCACAUCAUGGUACUGUGUACACUCGGGUCGAAGUCUGAGGUCCAACACUCAUCUACGGGAUGUUAUUCCACAAGAACGUCCUCCCAUACGAGAGUGUCCCAUACGAGGGUGUCCCAUACGAGGGUGGCUAAUAGGAGUCCGCACCUGGUCCCGUGGCCCGCAAUAGUGAGAGAAAAUAUUCAGGGCCAAGAAAAAUGGAGAUACUGGGAGCACAACCCUUGCGGCAUUGUAAAGGCCCAAAAUUCACCGCCUUCGAUCGUCUCCUUCGUCUAACGCCAGCGAAUUGGAAGUCGGCCCGUCCAACUGUGAGCCUUUUAUUUCCGGUCGACUGCAGACGCGCCUCGAUAGUUGCCAGUGCUGGGCAGUGAUUCAUUGCUGUGGCUCAUUCCGAUACCGUCUCCUGCUUCCCCAUGCCCCCACCAGAUUAUAACGCAUGGCUACCCGGUACAGAGCUGUCAACGGGCGGCUCAUCCCGAGUGGUUCAUUUUGUUUCGGGCCCGCAUAUCUUCUAUCGGCCACUGCGAUUUUAUCGCAGGCCUCUGCGAGAUGUACAGUGUAUAGUGUACGACGUACGGUAGGGGCAGCAAGCACGUGGGCUCAACCCUCCAUACCACGGCAUUGAAAACCUUAUUUCGAAAUGGGACCCUCACAUAGGGCUUCAAAGAUCAGAGACCGACAAUAAGCGUAUCCAAAACUCACCGUCCGCCCUUGUCCCCAUGGCCGCCGUUCCCCCACGUCAUGUGUCCAAGCAGAUAUCCCUAGCCGACCUACUUGAACCACGAAUCGCCCUCACGAUGAGACAUGCUUCUGAUCUAGCACACCGGUCGGCUAAAAUGCAGCUGUCGUUCCUUCUUCAAACAAGAGGGCUGAGAGUGCUGCUCAGCUGUAAAUGUGCGAGCCCGAG